CAAAACGCCAGUCACGCGAGGAGAGGACUGUAUCCUGUGAAAAUAGGUAGUUUGUCAAAGAAGGGCGUUAAAACACAUUAAAUCAUAUUUUUAUUGUCCUGUUAUUCCCUCCAACCAUCCCAUCCCAUCCCUUAGGUCCCUGUCUGAUGCCGGUGCGCUGGAAUGCGCAAAGGACAGGAGCACAAGCAUCCGGGGAGAGCGGGCCCCCAUCUUCGGCCCUUCCAGCCGAAGGGAGGCUGUCAACAUUGGAGGCCGGUCCCGGCUUCCUGGGGCGCGGCGUAUUGGUGCCGCAGAGGCAUGCAGACGAGCAACGCGGAUGCCAUGGAGAUUCCGGACCCCUUGAGAAUGUGUUGCACCGUUUUUGACACUCCCUCUGGGGACAUUUAUCACCCCAUCAAAGUGUCACUCUGGCCGUCUUUCUCCGCCCCGCAUGCCAAAUACAACCAAGUGCCUCUCCUCCAUAGAAGUACAGGACUACCGGCAGAAACGGGUAACCAUCACAGUAACCAUCCAGGCUGUUCGUUCUCCGAGGUAACCAAGUGGGGAACGAGUUACUGUUUGUUGAUUUCAUUUUCCUUGGUUAACGCCUUAUUUAGGUCCCCGGUUAUAUGUCAUUUUGUUCUAGAAUACCGUUUCCAAUAUACGGAAGCUCUACUCCCCAAGGCCGCCCAUCCAUAUUUCCCGGCGGUUGCAAAUCGCACAACCCAAGGUUCUAGCAUUCUUCCCGUCCUCGUAGCCCGUCAAAACCAAUUUCGCACCGGAUCUGAAGCCGGCAUGGCAUGGCACGCGGCCUAGCGCAAGCAUGGGAAUAUGGGAUAGUGCCUGGGGCACACGUGUCGGCCAGGGUGUCUUUCUGCUGCUAUUAUAGUACGUCGCUGCUUGAGCCUCCGGGGAAGCCAAUUUAUCUGGUUUAUACAGUACAGCGCAUCGCCAACGGGGGACGCCAGACCCUUCGGCCCGGCACCUUCCAUCCAUGCAAUCAUUCCGUAACAAGCCCGCGACUGUGGAGUCCGGGGGAGCCAGAGAGUCGUUAUAGACGAGCGAGACCUGGCCUACUCCGUAUUGUAAAAAUAAAGAAACUACAAUUAUUAUUAUUAUUUU